AUGGCUGGUCCACCACUGCCACCAAAACCACGCCAAUAUUCUAGCACCAUCGACGAUAAGUUCGCCGAUGUAUACAACAGCCUCAACAAACUCACCCACAAUCGCAAUUACUCGCAGUCGACCAGAGAUAGUAUUUAUAAUCUCUACGGCGAUAGCUUCGGGGGAUAUGGCAGCUACGAUAACCUUGAUAACCGCGAUAUGCACGAUAAAUACUCUGAUACUGAAUACAGUCCCGUAAAUCCAAAUCUGUCUUCCAUGCACCAGCAACAUCUCGUCGUUGGUUCUCAUCCUGCCGCUGUUGAUCCAGCAAACAGAAGAGCCGCCGUAUUGCCCCCUCCAAGGGACUCCAGGCAGCGUAAUCUAUCACCCGUUUCCGCUCAAAGGGCGGUCCCAUCGCGUCAGACGCUUUCGAAUACGCAGCCCACCGACCCGAGCACCGAUCACUCCACUCUCUACUCUCCGUCUUCGUUUCUCACCUCAGAGCAGCCGUAUCAGGGGAAUCCUCUGCCAUCCCCCCUCACUGGUCCCUCGGCACAAGACAACGUAUCUACAUACUCCCCUCAGAAAAGCCCUAAGUUGAGGCCUUCGAGUGUGCGAGAAAGGGCUAGCUACACUCCACUCCCCCACGAGGUGCUUGCUAGAGAGGAUCCCUAUGCACAUCUACAGCAGCCUUACAAUAGCCCUCUGGCUCACAUUUCAACGGACUCUUUCAGCUCGCCUGGAACUUCCAUUCAACAGGCCCCGUCUCUCUAUCCUCCAACUUCCACUCCAUCUACCCCCCAAUCAAGACCUCAGCCAUUUAGUUACCCCUCCGUUCAGGCUCAGUCGUCUAUGCAUAAUGCUCAAUUGCAGUCGUACGUCCAAUCAAAAGCAAUUGCAUCUCCGAAAAAGAACACACCUAUCAAUAAAGGGUUGAAUAGACGCACGAUGGACACUUCUUUCCCUGACGACGAGUAUGCUGAAGCUUACUACGAUGAAUUGCAAGACGAUGAGUUGCAAACGGGCUUAAGGGGUUUCAACAUAUAUUCCAUCGUUAAGCCACAUCUCCUCAAAGAUCUCGCUGUUCAGUUCAAGGAUAAUGUUGUCAGAGGUACACACGUCAAAGGAUCUGUGCCUUUUGAUAUGUCUUUCACUGGGAAAGAUGUUGUCAACACCAUCCGCGAUCUAUUUCCAACCGUCGUGAAAAAUUCUUCUGUUUCUAGAUCCCUAGCAGUGCAAGUCGCGAGAACUUUUCAGUCCCAGCUCUAUUUUUUUGAAGUUGAGUUUAAUAUGAUUCUCGUGUCUGACGAUGUACAAGAGAUAUUCAUCUUUCCGGAUGAAGUGGGUUUACAGGGCGCUGGAAGUGACGAGAUCCCAACUGGUGUGUUUAUUGCGUUGACUCCUUGUUACAGUUUGAUGUGUCCUGGUGACGAAACAUGCUAUUCGUACAGCUGUCCUUACAGAGCAAAGAAGGCACUCCAUCUCGUUUCAGCCACACAAAUUCCAAAUAUAGAAGAAAUCAUCGACGAGGAGUUUAAGGACUGGACUGAGCGGGUCGAGCCAGAGAUACUCGUCACGCUCGACGACCAGGAACGCGAACGCCAAUCAGUCAUUCAACAGGCUUUGGAAUCGGAAGUACAAUAUUUAGAGGCGCUGGAUACGAUAGAGUCGCUCUACAUUGAGCCACUUCGCAUGGUGAAACCUUCAAUCAUUCCACUUGAACGAUUAGAAUCCUUCAUUGAAGCUACUUUCGCCGGUUUAUUAGCAUUGAGGGAGUAUAAUCGUCGUUUAGUGGAACAAUUCAAGAUACGACAAAGAGAGCAGUCAGGAUUACUCGAAGCCGCCGGUGAUAUCUUCCUCAGCUCAUUCAUCGAAUGGCAAGACUGCUAUCCAGAUUAUGUUGGCAGUUUGCCAACGAUAGAGAGUAUGAUUCGGGAAGAACAAGAACUGAAUGGGAAGUUUAGGGACUUUUUGAUGGAGUGCGAACGCAAACCUGAGUCUCAAGGGAUGGACCUCAUAACACACUUGCAGAGACCGGCUCACAGACUGAGCAGAUAUGCAGUAUACCUUAAUGCCAUACUUAAAGAAACACCUGAAGGACAUACUGACUGUGGAUAUCUUGUCGAGGGAAUGAAAGCAGUGAAAAGAUUGACAGAUAUCGGUACUCUAGUCUUAUGGCAACAUUCUGAUCCAAACCAUAGUAAUAUACAAGGAUGGACCGAUUUAGUAGAGCCUGAGGUCAUAAUGUCGCUAGACAAGAAAGAGAUAGAGAGACAAAACAACAUAUUUGAGCUAAUUCGAACAGAGAUGGGCUACGUUAAAGAUCUUGAGAGGUUCACAAAGGUGUUCAUUAGACCUUUACGUGAUGCGAAAGAUUCAAUUAUACCAAACUAUAGGAUAGAUCACUUUAUUUAUGAGGUCUUUGGAAACCAUGUCGAUUUGUUCGAACUACACAACUCAUUUAUAAAACAACUACACAAAAGACAGAGGGAACAGCAUCCCAUUAUAGAUUCGAUUACUGAUUGCGUCCUCUCAAUUGCGCUCAAUUGGGGUGAAGCAUACGAAACUUAUUUGCCGCAUUACCCCUAUGCCAAGAAUGCUUACGAUGAAGAAAUAAUGACUAACGAGAAAUUUGUUGAGUUUGUCUCAGCUUGUCGAAGGUUACCUGAGUGUAGAAGACAGGAUUUGUCUGCGUUUCUCUUUCUCCCGCCUCAGCGUCUGCCAAGAUAUCCACUCUUGCUUGGUGAUAUAGUCAAGCAUACAAAACCAGACCAUCCUGAUAAGCUGAAUAUUGAAGACGUGAUCGAGCUCAUCAAGUCUAAGAUCAAAGAGAUCAACGCUAAUGUUGGUGUUGCGACGGAGAAGGUUAAGCUUAGGAACUACUCCAAGAUUAUUAUCCACCGCGAUGGCUCUGUGAAUGGACUCGACUUGGCAAAUGACGCACGUACACUUGUAUACGAAGAUACUGUGAUAAGACACUCGGAAGGUACAACUUCAAUGACGACGAGUAAUUCUGAUAUAAAGAUGAUGUUGUUCGACCAUUACCUUGUACUUUGCAAGGAGAAGAGGGUUGACAAAGUGGCUGGCAGGAGAGUGUUUUACAUUUGGAAGAGACCAAUCCCACUUGAUCUUCUCACUUUGAACGACUUCAAUGGCCCUCCACUCAAGCAAACGAGUCGUAUUCGCGGUGCGUUAGGACGUGGAGUCAAUGACGAAGAGAGCGGAUUGAUAUACCCGUUCUCAUUCAUUGCAUUGUGCAGACCAAGGUUAGAGUACACGCUGUUCACAGACGAUCCUGCAAAACGGUUCAAGUGGCAAGAAAAGCUAGAGGAAGCGCUAUUCCUGCAUUCGCAGGUGCAGGAGGAGACGAACAAGGUUUUUGAAGCGGUGCCAUUGAGUAUAGAUACAUUCCCAGCUACGAGGCUCGCAGGGGCAUUCGAAGACAAUCCACUUACUGGUAGAGUUACUUGUUCAGUGCCCUUCAAGACAAAUGACGGUCGGAGACUGGUAGCGAUUGGAUGCGCAGAAGGUCUUUGGAUAGGAUUGCGCGGGGAGCCAACGUCAUUGCGAAGAGUAUUGCAUUUGAAGAACGUAACGCAGUGUGCAGUGUUGGAGGAAUUCGGAAUGUUUAUCGUUCUUGCUGAUAAAAUCCUCGUGGCAUAUUCCGUAGAAGCACUAGUGCCAUCAGCUAGCACAAUCAAUAGUGGUGGAUCUAGUCUGUCACGCACACCACAAAAAUUGUCAGGUACAAAAGAUGUAAUUUUCUUCACAGUGGGAAAGUUACAUGAAAGAACGCUAGUUAUAUUCAUGAAACGGAAAGGAAUGGAUUCGGUGUUUAGAGCAAUGGAGCCGGUAUCGGAGAAGACACUAGCUGAGCGUGCACCAGUGAAUGCGUUCAAUAGAUUAUUAACUGGUGGAAAAUCAGGAUGGUUCGAGAAUUAUCAAGUCUUCUUCAUACCCUCUGAAGCGACGGAUCUGCUCUUUUUGAGAGCUAAGCUUGCAAUAAUAUGUAAGCGAGGGUUUGAGAUAAUGGAUCUGGAGACGUUAAAGGGAGGAUCAAUACCAGAUUUCGCCAGUGGUAAGAAUCAGCGUGAUCCGCAGAUAUCAGCAUUGGGGAAGAAAUGUGAUGAUGCUACAGCGCUAGCGAUAUUUAAGUCAGGUGAUCAAGAAUUUUUGCUUAUUUACCAGCAAUUUGGUUUCUUCGUGGAUCGACAUGGAGAUCCGCACCGACUGGAGCAUUUCACUGAGUGGGAGGGCAAGCCAGAGUCGGUUAGUUGUCACCCACCUUACGUACUGCUAUUCGAUUCAGAAUUUGUGGAGAUACGCGAGAUGGAGACGCUGAAUCUGGUGCAGGUGAUAAAGGGGAAUGAGAUACACAGGACAUGGGGGGGAGUAGGACUAUCGCCUCAUUCAAUAUCGCCGAAUGGGUGGGUAAACAAUCCAGAGCAUCUGGGGGAAAGCAGGUGCCAUCUGGUAAUGAGAGUGGAUAAUGAUAAUCAGAUGUCAAGGGGUCAGAGAGGUACAUCUUCGCAGAGGGUUUUUGAGCUUGCACCCAUUUGGCACUACAAUCAGAUUGAUACUAGCCUGAUGUAUCAGAGUGCCACGCCAUACCGGAGCUAUGUGAGUAGGGCGUAG